UUGGGUUGGAGAGUAGUAGGUGGUGGAACAACUCCAUGGUGGAACAGCUGUCAUCACAUCAGUGCGAAGAUCGCUGCAGCCCACUGAAGUUCUGUCGGUCGCGUGUGACUCAAGUCCGGACAAGUCUUUUCACGUUCGUCUUAUAAAGAUCUCAUCUACAAUGCAGAUCUUUGUGAAAACCCUCACUGGGAAAACUAUCACCUUAGAGGUUGAACCCUCAGACUCUAUUGAGAACGUCAAAGCCAAAAUUCAGGACAAGGAAGGAAUCCCCCCAGACCAGCAGCGUCUUAUUUUUGCUGGAAAGCAGCUUGAGGAUGGGCGCACACUGUCAGACUACAACAUUCAAAAAGAAUCAACUCUACAUUUGGUGCUUCGUCUUAGGGGUGGUUACUAAUCCUGAGGUUUUUUCAUUGCUCUAUGUUUUGUCAUUCCAUUUAUUUCAUUUUUUUUAUUUUCUGAUUCUUCUCUGCAUACCAUUGUGAAAAUCUACUAAUUAAAUUUCAUUCAAUGCAA